UUGCUUCACCGUAAUUUCCUCCACACCUAUACCCUUUUUCGUCAUUUCACAUCUCCCUAUCUCCCCCUAUAUAACCCACCUCCCCGUUUUCCGUUUCCCCUCCGCUCUCUCAAAUCUCACCCUCAUCCUUCACUCGAGUUGUCUUGUUUUUUUUUGUUCUUCUUCAUUGCUAAACCAAAUAUGGGUUUUCCGGUAGGUUAUUCGGAUUUAUUUCUACCCAAAUUACUCGUCCACUUACUAACACUACUCGGUCUGAUGAGAAAAUUCCUUUGCACGGUUUUCACCAUUUUCGGACUGGAAGACUUUCUCGAACCCGAAAUGUCAUUCCAAACCCGAACCGACUCAGACUCGGAGCUCCACUCAGUAUCCGCCGUACUGAUCCGGGAGCUACUCCCGGUGGUUAAAUUCUCCGAGCUCGGAGCAAUUGAUCCACCGGAGAGCUGUGCAGUUUGCUUGUUUGAAUUCGACGGUGACGAUGAGAUUCGACGACUGACGAAUUGCAGGCAUAUUUUCCAUCGGAAUUGUUUGGACCGUUGGAUGGAUCAUGAUCAGAAGACGUGUCCACUUUGUCGAACGCCGUUUAUACCUGAUGAUAUGCAAGAGAGUUUCAAUGAGAGAUUAUGGUUGGCUUCCGGCAUUUCUGAUUUUUACGGCGAGUAUUCUCCGGUCGCCGCCGGUUUGUAGCAUUGCCGGUUUAUUUUUGAGGGUGGGUGUAGGGGGCUGAUUGGGAUUUUGAUAAUGUAAAAUGUAUAUAUACUUACAAGAUAAAAAGGGGGGAAAAAGAUUAUGGUGAAAGUGGCGAAAAAAUUACUUAUUGUAUAGUCUUGUACAAUUUUGGGAAUAUGGAAUGAAGAUGAAUAGUUUUAAUUUUCAA